UUCGGACAAUAAUGACUUCGUCGCUCUUAAGUUUACUAGCUCUACUGCUAGUGCAGCCAUUGGUCCUCUUCGCCUGGCAGGAUUACAAGGACUUCAAGGUGUACGAGCUGAAACCUCAAGGAGUCGAAGACCUGAAUCUUAUAAGAAAGUGGUCUAAAGAAAAGCCACUUUGGGAUUUUCUCGGCCAAAAAAGGAAUGAGAGCUCACUCAAGGUGAUGAUACCGCCUGAAGAAGUUGAUUGUUUAGUUGAAACUUUUAGUAGAUAUCACAUAGAACAUAGAGUUCUAAUUGAGGACCUUGCACCUUUAGUGCAAUCCCAACGAGAGGAGAAUUUGAAGAAAAAGCUACUCAUCCAAAUGCCCCAAAUCGAUGUUCUUGCAGCUUUUUAUACCCACUCGGAAAUUAACGAUUACCUGGAUAGUUUACCCCAAAGAUUUCCCAAACGAGUUCAGGUGAAGCAAUUCGGAUGGAGUUACGAAAGACGAGCCCUCAAAGUUUUGACAAUUACAAAUGGAGAUGGAAAGGGUAAUAAACCAGUAAUCCUAAUUGAUGGUACCGUGCAUGCCCGGGAAUGGAUAUCACCCUCGAUGGCCCUUUAUAUCAUCCAACAGCUGCUGGAUAACUACGCGGAAAACCAGGAGCUUUUAGAGGACUACGACUGGGUGAUUAUGCCAGUGGUCAAUGCUGAUGGAUAUGAAUACACUCAUACGGAUUCUCGUUAUUGGCGUAAGACUCGUCGACCUACCAAUAAUCCGGAAUGCGUUGGUACGGACAUCAAUCGGAAUUUCGGCUACGAAUGGGGCCACGAUGAGGGAUCCUCUUCGGAUCCCUGCGAGGAUAUUUAUCGAGGGGAGAGCCCUUUCGACCAACCCGAGUCGCAGGUUCUGCGAGAUGUGAUGCUCCAUUAUAGGGGACGACUUAACUUUUAUCUCUCACUCCACUCCUACGGAAACUAUUUCCUUCUACCCUGGGGUUAUACCAGUGAUUUUCCGGAUCACUACCAGGACAUGAUGUCUGUUGCGGAUGCCGGUGCCAAGGCGAUUGUCCACUCCACCAAUGGAAUCUAUAGCUACGGAAGUACCUAUUAUGUGCUAUAUCCAACUUCUGGCGACACGGCGGACUUCGCUCUGGGCGUGGUAAACGCCACUGUGGCCAUGACCAUGGAGCUGCCGGCUGCUGGAUUCAUGGGAUUCGAUCCCUGGGUCUCCCACAUCGAGCGAUUGGUCACGGAAAGUUGGGUGGGAGUGCGGGCCAUGGCCGCGGAGGUGAUAAGGCGCUAUCCGGCGUAAUCGGGCUGUAAAUAAAGAGACAUUAGCGGUGAAUUGCGCCAGCUCUGAUUUGCGGGUCACCCGUGCGGGAGUUUUGGAGU